GAGCAUUGAGCUAGCUUAGCUGCAACAGAAGCAUCAAGUAGGCAACCUCCACUCUCUAGUCUCUCUCUACCAUCUCCACCACUCUGAACUGAACACCACCACACUUGCUCACCACCAUCACCUCUCUCCUUCUUCUUCUCCCCUUCGCAAUCCGGUUCAUGUCCUGCUGCUCCCCAUGUCGCCUCCUCUCGAGCUCGACUACAUAGGCCUCUCGCCGCCGCCGGCGCCCUCCGUGGUGGUGGAUGACGACCUGAAGGGCACCGAGCUGAGGCUCGGGCUUCCGGGGUCCGAGUCGCCGGACCGCCGCCCGGCCGCUGCCGCUGCGACCACUCUUGAGCUGCUGCCCGCUAAGGGCGCCAAGCGCGUGUUCUCCGACGAGGCCGCGCUGACGCCGCCGCCCGCUGCCGCAGAGAAGGGGAAGGGGAAGGAGGAGGAGGAGGACAAGAAGGUCGCCGCGCCGCCGCAGCCGGCCGCAAAGGCUCAGGUGGUGGGAUGGCCACCAAUCCGCAGCUACCGCAAGAACACGAUGGCAACCAACCAGAUGAAGAGCAGCAAGGAGGAUGUUGAUGCUAAGCAGGGUCAGGGUUUUCUGUAUGUCAAGGUUAGCAUGGAUGGUGCACCAUAUCUGAGGAAGGUUGAUCUCAAAACUUACAAGAACUACAAGGACAUGUCUUUGGGUCUCGAGAAAAUGUUUAUUGGCUUCAGCACUGGUAAGGAAGGUACUGAGAACCAGAAAGAUGGUGAAUAUGUGUUAACCUACGAAGACAAGGAUGGUGACUGGAUGCUGGUUGGUGAUGUCCCAUGGGAAAUGUUCACUGAUUCUUGCCGGAGGCUCAGAAUCAUGAAAGGAUCAGAUGCAAUUGGACUUGCCCCAAGAGCUGGGGAGAAGUCCAAGAACAGGAACUAGAAUGGUUACUGCCCACAGUUGAAAGCGAAACGGAGACAUCAACUGACUGUAGGGCAGUUUCUCAAAACCAUAAUUUAAUAGUUUUACAGGAUCACCAUAUCAUCUGUAUUACAUGGUUUGCUAUUCUGCAACUAAAAAAGAAAAACUCUUUUAAGACUCUGUUAUGUUAGAUUUUCUGCAUCUCCUAGAGAUGCAUGCCCUAUUCGGUUGCGCAUGUCUUUGUGUGUAGUAUUUCCAUCCAUGUAAAUGGUUGGUAUGCAGCGCGCUACUGCUAUUAUUGAGCACUCCUACCUAUCCUGCAAGUGUUUGUCCUGAACAGUAUGUUCCAUCACGUAAAGUGUUUAAAUGUUUUUAAGAGGUUGCUUAAUAUGUAUUCUGCUAUUCAUCUGACUUCAUUGGGAGCACAAUUAUGCUAGUUUUUUUACACCCACACCU